AUGGUUUCACCACUUUCUUGGAUAUUGACAUUUUUGUUGGUAUCUUAUGGGCUUUUGUUGUUGGUCUGCCAUUGGCUAUUGUUCAAUAGCAUUGAGUGUAUUGUGACUUUGUUCAUUGGGGUGGGUAUAUUCAUCUGUGCAAUUUUAUUCGUAACAAUAUGCAGAAUUUUGUUCUUCCCUGUUAGUACUUUCCGUCGUAUAAGGAGCCAGAUACAUGUUUUUAGAAGAAAAUUAGCAAGAAAAAAAGCUUUUAAAUUUAAAAAUUUUCAAGACUUUGAAGUGCAAAGAAUAACUAUAGAUGAUGCUGAAGAUAGACGAGAACUACCAGAGAGAAAAGAAAAUUCAAGGAAGUUUGAUAGCAACAGAUUUUUUUUAGAUGAAACGAUUUCAAGUACUGAGAAUUUUUUUGAAUUACGCGAAAUAGGAGUUAGUAAAGAAACCCUUAGUGGCAAGAGUAAUUGUUCGGGAUUCACGAAGAAAAACAAGCAUAACGGAGGAUUAAUUUAUGCGGAACCUAGCGUGAAUAUAUUGGCUAACGCAACCUCAUUUAUAUCUUCAGAUGCAAAUUUACAUGAGGAAUCUACAGAAGAUAAUUUAUAUGUGGGCGGAUUUGUACCCAAAUCUUGUAAAAACAAAAAGAUAAAGUCUUCAGAAUUUUCUGGACAUGGGAGUAUGUAUUUUUCGUUCAUUGGAGACUAUAUCUCUGUUGGAGAAAGUAGACUGAAUUUCGAUGAAGAGGGUAGCAUUUUCUCAAAAAAGUUGAAUACUAUUAGAAGUAGAGUGAUACACAUGUAUGACAGAUAUUUUUUGAGAGGACUGACAGCUUUCUUCUCCAAAGACUUCGUGCAGGUUUCACUCUUUCUAAUCAAUAUAAUUUGGGCUCUUCUUUGGGGUUUAGAUUCCUCAUAUUUAACCAGAGAAUCUUUUGAAGACCCAUGGAAAGUAAGAAAAGGAGUUGAAACACUACUUCUAUUUGAGGAAGCGUUCCUAUGGAUCGCAGAUAUCUCUCUUCUGUACAAAAUUCUGGAAGAAAUUUCUGUUUUAAGCCGUGGAAUAAACGGCAUUAUAACUUUAAAAUACCUAAUAACUUCAACAACAUUUAUUCCAUUACUGGAAAUGCUGACUACAUCUCCAAUAUUACUUCUAAUGAAAUAUUCAAUUGGAUCUGGAUCUGUUACAACAUUUUUCAUGAUGGGAUUUUUAAGGUAUUUCAGGAUAUUAAAUCCUGUCCCAAUACUUUCAAUUUUAUUAUCUUGGUCCUCGGAAGUUAUGAGAAUUUGUAUCGUGAUUAUUUGGACAAUUGCCUGUGUAGUAUUAGGUUUUUCAGGUGCAAUGAUGAUCAUUGAAUCUCCUAAACCAAAAUUCACAACAUUAUUUGACUAUUUCUACUAUACAAUUAUUACAAUUUCAACAGUGGGAUAUGGGGAUUAUACACCAUCAAAUUUUGUUUCAAGAUUAAUUUGCAUUAUAUUAAUUAUUUUUACUAUUAUAUAUGUCCCGAAUCAAAUCAGCAAGCUUGUGCAGUUAGCUCAGACUCCUCCAGAAACUAUGGGAAUUUGUAAUAUUGGUGUAUAUGAUGAAAGCAUUUUUGAAAGGGAUCACAUUCAUACUACACUAGUAUUAGUAAUUGGAUCUCCAUCUGUCAAACAUCUCUCUUAUUUGCUAAUGGAACUUAAUCAACUAAAUGUAAAUAUUGAUUAUAUAAAACAAUUUAAUGGUAAAUCUGGAAAAAUAAUCAGAUAUCAACCAAUUGUAAUGCUCUUAACAAACUCAGAUCCACGUGAUUAUUCAGUUCUUGUAAAAAAAUCACAACAAGCACUUCAUACACAGCUUUUUGUCAAGAAAAUCAAAAGUAUAGAGAGCUUAAAGGAAGACAUUGAUAGUAUUAAGGGUUUUAUAUAUGCAAUAUAUUUUUGGAGUGAUGCAAUUAAUGCAAAGGUAUGUUUAUCAGAAAAUAUAGCUCACGAAGACAACAAUUCCCAAGGGACUAAAUCCACUAGGUUUCCUAAUAGUAAUAUAGGCCAGGGUGUUGAUACAAAAUUAUUCAGUGCUGAUCAAGUUUUAGAUCUUGAAAGAAACACAAUGAUGAUAUGGUACGCAGUUAGGAAGUUUUUGGAUUUGAAAGAAUACGAACUUUUAUAUAGAAGUAAAGAAACUGGGCUACUUUACAACUCGUCUAGCUCAAUAUUAGGAAAGAAAAACAGAAGGAACUCUGAAAAUAAAGUGGAUGGUUAUCCAGACCCUCUUUAUAUAAACUCUGUAAUUAUUUUCAACGGAGAGAACUCAGAUUUUAAGCUUGAUAAUGUACUUAGAGACGACCAUUUUUAUGAUCUUCACGGAAUCCAAGAUAUCAACACAGCAAGGAGGAACGUAAUAACAAACAACCCAAAUCUACAAGCUCCAAAGAAUCCCGAAGAAAUUAGUAGCUAUCUUUUUUAUUUGUCUAAGGUUUCCGGAUCCGACCAUCAAAGUAAUAUGAAAAGAAUUACAAACAUGGUGAGAGAUAGGUUAUCCAUAGAAUUUAACAACAAGCAAAAUUCAUUCAGCAUAAACCCAAAAUCUGCAAUUGAUGAGCAAAGAAGUUUGUAUACUCCAGUUUACAUUGCUGAGAUUAGGUCCAGGCUACUUGCAAAAACUGCUCUUUGCCCAGGUUUUUCCACUCUAUUAACCAAUCUUUUUAAUACAAUUAAAAUAGAAGACUUAGAAUUAGGAGAAUCACUAUAUAAUUCGAUUAACGGAAUAAUUAGCGAUUGUGGGGGAUGCAGAUUAAACCAAGAAUAUCCAAUUUCAGUACCUGAAAACCCUAGGAAACAGUCUAAAGCGAUCAGUGAAGAUACUAAUCAACUGGAAUUUGAUAAAAUUAGCGUAUUUGGUAUUGAACUUUCAGAACUUGAAAAGGGUGCAUUAAAUAAAAUGGCAACUAUAGAUGAGACACUCUUAUAUAAUUCCUUUGAUACGGCUUCUCAAUCAGGAAUUCUUACUAGGGAUUAUAUCAGAGGUACUCACUGCGAGUUAAUGGAAAUUCCUCUUCCAAGUCACUUAGAAGGAAUGCAAUUUCUCCAAAUUGCAUCAUAUAUUUUCGAAAAUUAUUCAAUGAUUUGCAUCGGAAUAGCAGUGGAAGUUCGCGAGGAAACAAAAAUUAAUAAAACUGAUAUAAGUAAUUUUGAGGAUGAUUCUGCAAAUGGAGAAUUAAAUAGUGAGAUUGAUGAAUCUAUUAUUGGGAAUUGCAAUGAGGAUGAUGAGCAUUACAAUUUUAUUAUUACUUCUGAAGAUGAUGAUUAUCAUCCAAACACUAAUCAUUUCAAUUCUGAAAAAAACAAUCCCGAAAAAGAAGAUUCACCUGAGUCGUCUCUGAAUAAAGACUCUACUGAGAAUGAGAAUAUUGAUUCUGAAAGGUCCAAUAAUAAGAAAUUAAAAUUAUUCCCAAAUAAACUGAAACAACCAAAAAUUGAUGAAAAGAUUGGUGGAAAAUAUGAUUUUGAAAGUCCAACCUGCCCAAAAUAUGAUAAGAAAGAGGAAUCAAGGGUUUUUGGUAUAUGCAAAAAAAAAAGGAUUCUAAAUCCAAGUGACUUUAUUUCAGGAAGAGGGUGGAAAUAUGGAGACAUGACAAUAGAAGAAAGUACAGAAAUUAGUCUCCUUAUAAUUUCUAACUCUAGGAGAAAAGUAUUUUCACUAAUUCAUGAAAAAGAUGACCUUGAUAAAAGAACAGAAAAAUACAAAGAACCAAUUAUCCCACGUGCAAAACAAACAUUGAAUUAUAUAAGGCUUUGUUUGCAGGGUAAAACAAAACUGAUUAACAACAAGCUAAUUAUUCCUUCUUGGAGAGUAGAAACUCCUAUUACUCCAAGAAUAAGGAAAAAGGAUACUUUUGGUGUAAAUUCAAACCAAUUAAGAGGACAACCACCAAGCCCAAUUCACAGAGAAGUAAAAUAUUCAAAAAUAUCCAAAAUUGAAAAGAUUGACAUACUUUGCCCUUCAAAAAUACAAGGUUAUAUUCAUGGAACAACUUUUAUUUUAUUGGUUUGUGAAUGGCCAGAAUGCCUUGAAGAAUUUCUAAACGGGAUUGUUCUUAAUAGAUCGAUUCCUGUUGGUUGGGAGUCAUAUAGAUAUAGCAACAGGAGCUUCAAAACUAGUGUCCCAACUUCAGCUCAAUCACUCAUUCUUUCAACAAUAAUUGUUUUUCUUUCUAAUGAUCACAAUGAAAAAUAUUUACAAAAAUCCAUCGUUCCGCCUGGAUGUAUUGGAGUUUAUAUUAGGGGAAGCUCUUCAAAUGAUGAAGAUUUGAUUAGAUCAGGGCUUUUUUACGCACAUUCUAUAGUAGUUUGUUCAUCAAACUCUAUAAAUAGCGACUCAAAAGUAGUAACAACUUGUUGGAGGAUUCAUUCUCUAAUCAAUAUGAAGAUUCAAGCCGAAUUUGUUCUAUUAAAGAGUAAAAACUCUAAAUAUAGUAACAAAGCUUGCAAAAUCUUUAAAUACCAAAAAAAGGAAUUAUCAAAACCAGGAAGGGAUGGAUUUGAGUCAAAAUACAGGGAUUUGAAAUUAUUUGACGCCAAGUGGAAUAUGUGGCAGUGGAAAGUUACAGCUAACCUUGCACAGAUAACUAAAAAGUGGCUUUUUGAGGGAGGCCAUCUACCACCCUGUUUCUUCCCUGCUAUAAUUGCAGACAUAAGAUUUGAAGAAUCACUCCCAUUAUUGGAUAACACAUCGUGGAUUUCUUUAAAUGAGUGGGACUUCUCUACAUGCCCUACAGUUAUUUCUGGGAGAGUCCUCACUACUGAUAUGAUAAUUCCAAUGGUUUACAGAAACGUUAGAAUUAACCCUUUAUUAGCUACUUCUGAUUCGAUGAAGCCUUUGUUAGGAUAUAACGAAAAAUACAACUUUUUUAAUAGCCCACUAACUUAUGAUGAUCAGGCUAGAAAUUUUGAUUAUCCGAGCUCUGGGAUCAAAAGAUUCUAUACUGCAGUUAGUAAAAUAAUGCCUGAAAACGACACAUUUCCAGAUUAUACAGAAUGGGGCUCUCUAGAGCUUAUUUCUGUUCCACAACAAUUUCAUGGGAGCAAUUUUUCAACGCUUUUCAAAGAAAUGCUAAGAAUAAGUGGGAUUAUUACAGUUGGAAUUGUUAGAAUAAUUGGAAAUAAUACGGAUGUGCCAGAAACUGUAAUAAAUCAAAUUAAAUUAGAUGAAAACAAUCAUAUGCAAGCAAAUUACUCAAAACUCACUAAUUCGUAUAGGCCUAAUUUAAAUAGAGCUUCUCCCAAAUUUAACAUAAACAAUAGAGUUUUAUUAUUAUCACCUCAUCCAAAGCAUACUAUUUCAAAAAAUGAUCUUAUUUAUGUGGUGACGCCCAUAACUAAGAUUUUUUGA